UGGUAACUACAAUAAUUAACAGAAAAAUUUCUUGAGCAAUAUGUUAUGGAAAACUGUGUACCCUGUUUGGAGAUGUCCCAGACUUCGACAACUUCAUCAUAUGCCAAAGGCACCGUUACCUGGGGAACCAGCGAAACCGUACACGCUUUCUGAAGUUCCUGGACCAAGGUCAGACGCUCUACUCAAUGAAUUUUCUAAAAUUCAGCAAGUCGGCUCCAUCGAAUAUUUUGCGGACUACCAGAGAUCUGUUGGAAACUACAUAGCAGACAUCGAUGGAAACGUCUUCUUGGAUAUGUUGAUGCAAUUUUCUUCCCUCCCCCUCGGUUACAAUCAUAGAGCAAUCCUUGGUUCAUUGGCAUGUGCAGGGAACCAACGAAUGAUAGCAAACAGACCAGCAUUGGCGAUGUUCCCUAGUUUAGAGUGGCCAUGCAAACUUCAAGACACCCUGCUUCAGCCAUGUGUAGCUCCAAAAGGAUUGCCAUGUGUCUACACGAGUAUGUGCUGCUCUUCCGCAACCGAGUUUGCGAUACAAGCAGCAUUCAUAAAAUAUGCUGAGCGUCGUCGCCGUGGUAGUGCAUACUCAGAUGAAGAAAAGAAAACCGCACUCUAUAAUAAUCCACCCGGCUGUCCCGACGUGUGCAUCCUAUCUUUUGAUGGUGGAUGUUAUGGUAGAACCUUCGGUGCACUGGCAUUAUCGCACUGCAAAUAUUUGAUGAAAGUUGACAUUCCUAGUCUUCCGUGGCCGAUUGCACCUUUUCCAGAGUAUUUGUAUCCAUUGGAUCAGCACGAAAAGGAGAAUAAGGAAGAGGAUGCCAGAUGUAUAGAGAAAGUAGAAGAUUUAAUAGAACAAAGCGAGAAGGGUGAGAACCCGAUGCCCGUCGCUGGUAUUAUAGUCGAAGCGAUACAAUGCGAAGGAGGCGAUCGACAUGCUUCUCCAGAUUUCUUUCAAAGUCUGCAGGAUAUUGCCAAAAGAAAACGUAUUCCGUUGAUAUUGGAUGAAAUGGAAACAGGUGGUGGUGCAACGGGAAGGAUAUGGGCGCACGAAUAUUUUGAAUUAAACAUUCCGCCUGACAUGGUCACCUUUAGUCACAAAAUGCAAGCCAGUGGAUUUUAUCAUUCUCCCGAAUACAUGAUCAAACAUCCAUACAGAACUUUUGACAGAUUUCACGGUGACCCGGCUAAGAUAGUAAUGUUAGAAGCGGUGUUACAAACUAUCGAAGCAGAGGACUUAUUAACUCACGUUUCUACCGUCGGCAAUUACCUGCUUUGUCAAUUGAACACUUUGCAAAACGAAUUUCCGGAGCUUAUGAAUUCCGUACGAGGCAGAGGGUUUAUCAUCGCGUUCGAUAUGCCCACUAAAGACCUUAGAAAUAAACUGCUGCGCCUAAUGCGUUCUAAAGGUAUUCAAGUUGGCGAUUGUGGCGAAAAAUCAAUUCGUCUAAGGCCUUGCCUAAUAUUCGGGGAGUAUCAUGCAGAUAUCUUUUUGGAAAUUUUACGUUCUUGUCUACAAGAGAUUUUAGAAAGCUGAUAUAUUUGUAAAUUAUACUUUACCCUCUUGUUGUAUAACAUAUUUUUUAAAUAUAUACUUCAAUAA